AUGGCCUCCGCAGAACUCUCCAAGAAGCGCAAGCGCGCCGAGCCCACGGCCGCCGUCGCAGACGAGUCCUCCACCGUGACGAAGAAGUCCAAGUCCGAAAAGAAGGAGAAGAAGGAGAAGAAAGCCAAGAAGGCCGCCGCCGAAGAAACCUCCGCACCCGCAACCGAAGGCGGCGAGUUCAUCGCCCUCGAGGAAUCAAAGGCCGAAAAGAAGGAACGCAAGCGCAAGGAAAAGGAAGCGCGUAAAGCUGCCGAGGCCGCCGCCGCCGACGAAGCACCAGACGCCGACGCAAUGGACGUCGACCCCCCCGCCGCCGUGACGGAAGAGAAGAAGGCCAAGAAGAGCAAGAAGGAGGACUUGGACGUCAAGACGGAGAAGAAGGACAAGAAGGAGAAGAAGGAGAAGAAGAAGAAGGAGGUCGAGGCUGAGACCGAGACCAAUGGCGUAGAGACCGCUGCUCCCGCUGAAGAGAAGACGGACAAGAAGGAGAAAAAGUCUAAAAAGGCGAAGAAAGCAAAGGACGAGGCUGCGGCGGCGGCACCUGCUGUCGAAGAAGCAGCUGAGCCAGCGGCCCAAGAAGAAGAGACGCCCGCCGAGGGAGGAAAGAGGGAAAAGUACAUUGUCUUUGUCGGAAACCUCCCCUACACAGCAAACAAGGACUCCAUCAACGCCCACUUCGCCGCCUACAAGCCCUCGUUAGUCCGCUGCCUCCACAAGGACGGCAACCCCAACGUCUGCCGCGGCAUCGCCUUUCUCGAGUUCUCCAACGGCUCCAACAUGCGCACCUGCCUCGACAAGAUGCACCACACCUCCUUCGACGACGGCCUCUCGCCCGCGCGCCAGAUUAACCUCGAGCUCUCCGCCGGCGGCGGAGGCAAGAGCAAGUUCCGCCAGAACAAGAUCAAGGAGCGCAACGUCCAGCUCGACGAGAACCGCCACAGGCGCAUGCAAAAGGAGGAGGAGUACAAAAAGGAGAGGUCCAAGCAGGGCGGCGUCAACUCCCAGCAGGAAAGCAUCCACCCCAGCCGCUUGGCCAUGAUGUACCAGUAG